CAACCAUGGCUAAGUUGAAGGAGGAUUAUAGAUUGCUAAAAGAGGAGAACCGCCUUCUGAAAGAGGAGAACCGACUUCUGAAAGAGGAGCGGGGUUUCCUUAGGCAGAAAGGUCUCAACCCAGUGAAGACCAGACCCUCAACAUCUUCAAAAGUUCAGCAGGGUCCAGAGGACGCCGUACACCGAUACAGAGCUGUUCUAAAAGAAUUUCGGCGUACAAGGAGCAUCAGCCUCAGCUGUGAAUCCCUGAGCGUUGACAGAAAUACUAUCGCCUUAACGGCAAUCAUUGCAGAGGUGUGGAUUGCUGCAGAGGGUGAAGAUUUCGGGCUGCUGCCAGAGUUCACUGAGGAGGACACUGUAGGAAAAUACGCCAAAACCUGCAAGACCUUCCUGGAGG